CACCUGUCAAAAAGUAGUCCGUAUGUAGCCUAAUACAGCAUAUUCCCCUGCAAUUGCGCGUCUCCUUCAUCCUGCAACGAUCAGAGCCCUCCAUGGCAAGCCUGUACUGCUGAGCCAGCUCCUGAGCUUUCAGACAAGCCCACUGAAGCCGCUUUGACGCGUAGUUCGACCCUUGGGACAUCAAAACAACCAUCUCCAAUACUACUAUGCCUCCUCGGAAGCCUCAGGUUGCCUCACACAGCGUGGAACUGGGCCAGGAAACGAGUCCAGAAGGCGGUCAGGAGGCUGGGGGCAAGGCUGUGGCCAAGAGGAAGCUGAAUGACGGAGGGGAUGUGUCCAUAACCUCCAAACGUGGUAGGAAGACUCUGGUUCAGCCACGGACCACAGGUGGGUUCAAAAACCCGUUCCCAGCACUCGGUUCCACGUCAGCACCUCCGGUUGUUCAUAAUAUGGCACCAUUAGCUCACCUAGUUCCUCUGGAGUCCAUUCCACCUCAUCCACCGCAGUCGUUCGAUGCAAUGUUGCCACAAAGCCAACGUUAUGACGCAUAUAUGCGUCCUGAUGGGAUAGAGGCAAAGCUGUCAGAACGAAACAAUCCUUCAGCUGGACCUGCAGACGUACCCAUCGAUCCUGCACUUGAGGCAACACGCGAGCUUGACGUGCCAUCACCAAAUCAAGGCUAUGACCCUGACACCACGAGAAUGCCUCCUCCUGCUACAAAUCAAACGAUCCCAUCCAAAUUAGCGAGUGCUGCGAUCAUCGAGAGUCCAUUUGAUGCCUUGUCUACACGUCUGACCAGCACCAAUCCCUUUCACAUGCUGUCGAGCACCCGAGAGCGAUCUGCAACACCACAAAACACCAAUUCAAUUUCACCGACACUGACCAGUUCAUCACUCACGCUGUCUGCAGCUUUCACGACUCCAGAUGGCUCGAAUUCAUCAUCUGAAGCCUUGCGUGUAUCAGCAGCCAAUAAACAGGGUGCAGGAACUCCGAGUCUCACCAAACCGACCACUGGCACGCGAGCUGUCAUCCCGAAGUGGCUUACUGACACAAUCACGCGCCUGGAGAACGAAAUGAAGGCCCUGAAGGAGAAGCAGGAUGAAGCUACUGACAUCAUAGAUGAACAAGGUCGUGAGAUAGAUAAGCUUCGUCUGGAGCUUCAAAUGCUACACAACGGACACAAUCAGCUCGGAGAAGAUGUUGAAAAAAGCACGCACGUUACUCGAUUCUGUCUCCUCAAAUGUCGACGAAGUAGCGAGCCAUCCAAAUCCAAGACGGCGCAGGCAGUUAGUGACAAUUCAAAGGAUAAUAUCUGGAAUACGGGAGUCCGUAAAUGUUUCUUGAAAGGCAUUGGUGUUACGAAACCCUCAGCAAUAAAGGUCUGCCAUCCGCACGACGACGGUGUGCAAAUCAAAGGGGAACAAGUUCGGCCCGACUUUAGCAAGGACUGGAGCGAGAAUGCAUUGUGGCACACCCACCUUGUGCAGUACAUCAAGCACAAUAUCAGAUCAUGCCACCCAAUGGUGUCCCAGGAGCUUCUUGCUUCGAAAACGGAUGAAGACAUACUCAAGCGCCUCCACGAAAACUUCAAGUAUUAUGCGGCAGAGUACCGCAGUGCCAACAAAAUCUCAUUAACAACAGGCAAAGUAAAAGGAAAGAUUGACUCACAGGUAGCGCAUCGCGAAGCACGCAAACGAGCCAAAUUGGAGGAGCGUAACCAUGUGCGACCUGCAUCAAGCCUCAUGUCCGCUGCGUGGGACUAUGCAUUCCAGUUAGCGUAUCAGAGCACCGACGAGAGCAUGCCAUCGGAGGACGAGCAAGGGGGAAUUGACCCGGACACAGAUGAGGAAAAGGAUGUUCGCAAGAAGCCACCCGCAAAAAGCCAAGGCCGUCGUCAUCCACGCAUCAUUGGUGAUCCACGCAAUCGAGAGUUGCCGUAUGUUAAGAUGGGUCCGAAGAUACCCCUCGGCGCAAUUGAUCCUGAGUGGCUACAUUUGCACCCUCAAGACCCAUCGAGGUACGAUGGAAGCAUUGUUAUGGCAGACGCACCUGAACAAGCCCAAGGCUUGAAUGACGAGGGAUUAGCAGAUGAUGAAGGAGAACCACUAGCCAACGAGGAUGAUGAGGACUUGUACAAUGCCUAG